ACCUGGCUACAUGACAGUGUGUCCGAUGUCGCUGUGGAAUUAUCUGGUUUCCAGCCUAUUACAGCAGACCGCGACAUGGAGGCCAGCGGCAAAUCAAUGAGGGGAGAUGCAGUGAUAUUACAACAACACUGUUGUGGCAUCAUAGAAUCAGUUUUUAUUGAGUGUGCACCUUACUACUCCCCGAGAGUUUGCCUCCACCAUUCUCGAGGGAGUUUACAUCCCUCCGCAAGUCCCAGCCCGCGAAGUACUGCAGCGGCUAGCAAAAUUUCAACACCUGCAUCAACAUCUCUCUCAGGAGCUGGCGAAUUACAAAUAGCUGGUGACCUGUGCUACGCGGACAACACUCUGGACCACUUCUGUUCAAUCAUUAAGAACUCAUACCGCUCCAUCCCCCGUGCACCCCUUGGACGUUCCGACCACUGCAUCAUUCAGGUGGUCCCAACAUACAGGCAGCAACUGAAGAGGUCCAAACCAUCAAGGACUGCAGUGAGGAGGUGGACUCCAGAGGCAAGGGACAUGGUUCAGGAUUACAUGGAGUUUACUGACUGGGAGUCACUGAGGGGCCAUGAGGAUGACAACGGCUGCUUUACUGACACCAUAUGUUCCUACGUUAGCUUCUGUGAGCAGGUUUGCCUCCCACCAAAUUAUCACAAGCUCAGAGAGCUCAGACGCUGGAAAGAGCAGGCAUACAGAGAAGGUGAUAUGGACACAUUCAGGCUGGCCAAAAAGGAUCUUAAGAGGGCCAUCAUAACUGCUAAAAGGGACUAUUGUGCCAGAACUGAGAAUGAUUCAGACACAACACUCACGCAGUUGUGUGGAGUACACGGCGCUGGAUGGCUGCAAAGUGAUGCCUGGCAGUUUGAGGGUCCAAACGGGCCAGAACACUGUCAAGACCCUGAGAACUCCGUAUGA